GAAUUUUGUUACAAUCUCUAAAAAGGAGGCGGGAGAUGGUACUUUAAGAAGUCCAAUUCAACUAUCUCCGGGCCCAAAUGAAGCCCAAUUAAAACACAAAGGAAAGCCGGAAGAACUGAAAUCUUCCCUGAAGCGAAGAAAUUGAAUCAAGGAAGAGCAACCGGAGAAGUUGAGAGGUCAGCGAGAGAGAAAGAAGGAGCAGCCAUGGAAGGUAGCAGCAGCAGCAGAAGCGACGAGGAUUUCGCAGUGGGCUGUAUGCUCUCCAUCAAAACCACUUUGGGCGACGAAUUCGACGGCCAAGUCGUCACCUUCGACCGCCCAUCCAACAUCCUCGUCCUUCAAGAGGGAUUGAAACUUGGGCCGAGGAGGAACAUACGGUUUCUGAAGACGAAUUACAUCAAGGAGUUCUCUUUCCUAGGGCAAUCAGAAGACCCACUUGACAUCAAGAAGUGUUAUAUAGAUCUCCAGAGCCUCCAAGCUCGUGAGGAGUUGGCUUUGAGGCAAGCGGAAGCAGAUGCCGAGAGGAUUGGAGUUGGUGUCACUACUCAGGCUCAGGGCAUCUUUGACGCCUUGUUUAAGACGUAUGCUCAUUUUCCAUCCUCCAUUUUGAUUGUGGUCGUGCAACUGUCAUGAAUUCUACUUUCAAUGAUAAUCAGUAGGUUCAGAUAUUGGAUGUAUGCUGGUAGUCUUAGAGUGUCCCGUUCUUUUUGAUGGUUUGAUGAAUGAUCUUCAUUUUGGGGUUGAAUGAGGAGUGACUUAGACAGAAUGGAAGUGAUUCGAAUUCUAGUGUUGGUGUUUUCUGCUUUGAGAUGACUUAUUCACUUCGACGCCAGUGUCUCUUGGUGGCUAAGGGCCGUUUACCAGUAUUCUUCACAGUCCUGUACUUGUCCUUCUAUGUAUGUGCAUGGUUAUUAGGCCUCAUGUUUGCGAGUGUGUUGUUUGAAUUAGCUCCUAAAUGGUUUUGUUUGUAGACUCGAAGAUGCUUCCUUUCACUUUUGUAGUCUCGCUUUCUCAACUGAUAAGAGGCUUCUGUUGAAGAUGACUAGUUUUACUGCUGAUUCUGAUGUAAAAUAACCAGGCUUCCGGUCCGCUGGGACAAGACUUCUAUAGUUGUUAUGAAUGAAGUGCGCGUCAGUAGCCCUUAUCUCCCUGAAAAUGUUAUUGGAGGAACUCCUGCUGCCAAUGACCGAGUGAAAAAAGUGCUUGAGUUGGAGAGGAGAAGGUUGCAAACUCGUGGCCCUGGCCCGUGACGUUCAAAUUUUUGGGAUCCCGUGCAAUUUCUUCGAUAGGCUGCCCAGAUGAGCAAUGAAAUGCAGCGUGGCUCGUCCCUACAGUCUGUGUGAGCAAGCAUAUUUCGGCAACCUCCCUAACUGUGAUCCAUGGUGAGGUCUGUUGACCUGAGGAAUCUGGUUUUGGGAUAGAUCUUAAUUUAGCUGCUACCUUGUAGUCAGUAGGUCAUUUAGCACUUCAAUUUUUGACAAUCAUACUACUGAAGCAACUGGGGAUCUACCAUUGUUGAGUUUAUCAUUAGUCCGAUUUUGGUGCGCUCUUUAGAGGUUGUAUUGUGUGUGAUGGUCAAGUAAAAAGAUUUAUCGAACUGCUGAGGGGUUCCAUCUUUUCCAAAGAGGUUCAUUUCAUU